AUGUCAGAUUCAAAAAAAGAUACUGAACGAAAAAAAAAGGAGGUGAUGGACAAGUUGAAGAAUGGUGAAUUUAUUGCUAAAGCAGAACCAUCAUCUUCAUCGCAUGGUUCAUUUUGUCAACAUUUAUUACGUGUUAAAUGCUCUAGUGAUGAAUAUCAACCAUUUGUUCAAUGUCGAUUAUGCAAUGACAUUUUAUCAUAUUCAAUUUCUAAUGGAACGUCUACCAUUAGUUAUCAUGUUAAAAAUUGUCUUGAAAAAUCAACUCAAUUAAAAAAUAAAAACACUCUUGAUAAAUAUUUAAAUAAACCUAAUGAAGUUAGUGUUUCAUUUGAUGAUAAACGAUCGAUUACAGUCGCCUGUGCAAAAUUUUGUUCAUUUGAUAUGAGAUCUUUUAAUAUUGUAAAAGGGUCUGGUUUUAAAUAUUUAUGUCAAUCUUUAAUUAAUCUUGGUUAUCAAUAUGGUGUUGCUAAACUUGGUGCACCUACAUCAAGAUCAUUAUUACCUGAUCCAACUAAUAUCUCUCGUACUGUAUCUCGAAUAUCUGAGGAUUAUCGAAAAAAAUUAAAAGAUCUUCUGCAGAUUGAUUUACAACGUGUGAAAUUAAUAGGUAUAUCAACUGAUUACUGGAAAAAUGGUGGGACGAGUGAAAGUUAUUUAACAAUUAACGUUCAUUACUGCAGGGAUGAAGAUAAUGUUACUUAUAUGUUACAUACUUGCGUAUUUGAACAAUCCAAAACAGAUGAUAAUACAAAGAAAAGGAUCUUUUCCAUUUUGUCAAGUUAUGAUAUUGACCCGAACAAAUAUCAUAUAAUUUAUGUAACGGAUAAUGGUUCAACACUUGUUUGCGGUUUUAAGGGAGAAGUACAUCUUAGAUGUAUCUGUCAUUGUUUGAACUUGACAUUACAUAAUGGAGUUAAACUAUGUCGGAACUUAGAAUUGUUAAUUAAGUCAUGUCAAGAUUUGUGUAGUCGUUUUAAACGAUGUGAAAUUAAUCAGUUAUUACCAACUAAUCUCAAGCUGAACGUUGAAACACGUUGGAAUUCGAUUCAUGAUAUGUUCGAGUCGAUAUCAUUGAACUUCAACAAUUGUGAAGAUCUUUUCUUUGAACGAAAUGAAGUACAUUAUUUGUAUGAUGUUAAUCGAAAACUAGUUGUAGAUGUGGAGAAAUUUUUAUCAUUAUUUAAACUAGUAAGUGAAAAAUUAUCUGCUGAUACUUCACCAACGCUGCAUCUAGUUGUUCCUUGGUUUUGGAAAUUAAAAACUUCUUGUAAAUGUAAUGAUGACGAUCAUUUAUUAUUAGUUCAAUUUAAAAGUGCUGUUUCAAAGAUGUUGGAUGAUAAAGUUCAUUUGACAUCAUUACAUUAUAUAGCUACAUGUUUAUAUCCUGCAACAAAGAAACUUCAAACAUUAGAUGAUAGUUAUCGAAAUGAAAUUUAUACUGAUAUGAGAAAAAUAAUGGUAACACUUGGUAUUCGUGAGGAACACUCAUCUUUAUCAUAUAAAACGAACUCUAGGAUCGACAAUAAACGAUCGAAAAAGACGAAAAAUAAUAUUAUGGAAAAUGAUGUUAUGGUGGAAUUUGCUGGAGAUAUUGAAGAGGACUCGGAUGAUGAAUCUGAUGAGUUAGAACGUUAUCUUAAAACAAAAAUUUCAUUUACGAAUAAUGAUACAUUAUUAAAAUGGUGGAACAAACACUCUCUGAUAUUUCCACAGCUGGCUAUAUUAGCAAAAACAUUACUUGGAGUUCCAGCAAGUUCAGCAACAUCAGAACGUGUUUUUAGUUCGUCUGGACGGAUUUUAGAAAAACGAAGACAAUCAUUAAAUUCAGAUGUUGUCGACGAUAUGCUAAUGAUUCGAAAUUUUCGAGAUAUGUGA